AACACUCGGGUGUAGAUCGGAUUUGGAUUCGGAGUCGGAUUUAAAAUCGAAAGGGGGCUUGGACAAAGAAUCUUGUUCUGGUCAUGAUUUUCCAGCCGCGAAUCGUCAACUCUUGUUGAUGUUGUGCAUACAUAACAAAAGCGAUCGCAGAAAGAGAGACGGGCACGGACAAUGCGUACGCGAGCGUGUGUGAGUGAGACAUUCCAUAAGUGAUUCAUUCCGCAAUAUAAUAAACAAAUAAAUAAAUCGGGCGGUGUAAACUAAGGCGAAAUGUUUGGCGAACUGUGUCAACAAGUUAAGGCCGUAAAAUAACAGUGCAAUAUUAAUAUGUGUGGGAAAUCAGUUUGAUUUUACAAGACUCUUUUUGCGCCCACCACUCUCUUCGUCUCUUUUUGUCAAUCUUUGUUUUCGUUUUUUAUUGUUGUGUUGUGUGUGUGAAUAUAAAAAGAAGUUAAGUUAUCCACGCAUAAAUUGCAUACAACAUUUCGACAAGGAAAAAGCGAAAGAUUCCGCCAUGGAGCAGGCGCGUCCUGUGCCCGCCCCCCGCCGCAUUUACCCGGAGCUGCGUCCCGCCAACUACGAGAACAUAGAGAUCCGACCCCCGCCGACCAACAACAAUAUCAACAACAACAACAACAUCAAGCAGCUCAACAUAAAUGCAGAGAAUCUGCAUGGAAGCCUGGCGGAAAAGAAGCUGCCGUCGAGCGGGCAAAACAAGUUGAUUCUGCAGGAGAACAACUCGGAUAGUCAGCAGCCGAUCUACGGUCCGGAUGCCAAUGAGAAUGUCCAGGAGCCGGUCUAUGCAACGCCAAGACCAGCUCCCCGCCAGCGAAUGCCUGCAGCCGAGGAAUCCGGUCGAGAUCCAGACCCCGAACACGAGGACGAGGUGCCCCUGAGGAUUCUGAGGGCGGCGCCGCAGGUUCCGCCCAAGCCACUCAAUGUCCCGCCCAGCGAUCAGCGAGCCUCGAUCUGCAGCGAGGUGUCCACCACCAGUGUCCAGAUCCCGGGGAGAGCCGACGAGGAUCGGGAUGGAUCGCGGUACGCGUCCAACGCAUCGCUGGACUGCAGCGAGAGUUCGCAGAGCGGCAAGUUCAAGUCGCAGUCACCCGGGUACGUAGACGCCGACUCCGUCGAUUCACCCGUUCCGCGGUCGCAGGAUCCAAACGGGGACGAUUCACAGGCAGAGUCCUCGGCGGAACUGUCCUCCUCCUCCUCCGGCAGCCAAGAAGGCGACGACGACAACAACCUCCUGCGGUCGCUGGGCACCACAUCCAAGCUGCUGGGCGAAGCCAUCGGCGAGCGGAUCACGUUCAAGGCGAAGGGAGCCAAGAAGCGACUGGACAGGAACCUCAAGAGCUCCACGGAGGCGAUCAGUACCCUGGGAGCGGAUGCGGGUCGGAGUUUGAAGCACGCUGGCAAGCGGUUCGGUUCCAAUUUCAGUCUGGGCAGGCCGAAGGACAAGGCGGAGGGCGGCGGCGGCGGAAAGGCAGGAGGAUCGGGGGAAAUGGACCUGGACAGGCGGCAGACGAUGCCCAACACGGAGGUCUUCAGCUCGAUCCAGUUCUCGAGUCCCCUCAACCGGAACGGAGGACUCUCCGAUCUGCGGGAGAACGAGGCAGCGAAGCUGGAGAAGCUGCAGAAGGAGCAGCAGAAGGAGGACGACGGCUGCUACGAGGUGCCGCGGGCGCAGGGCAAGCCGCCCAGCUACGACGAGGCACUGCGGGCAAGACCCUCGCCCAGCGCCUCGCCGAUGGCCAGGAAUCUCGCCCAGGAGGCGGCCCAACUGGUGCAGCUGCGCGGCCAGCAGCGGCAGUUGAGUAGCAGCUCCUCGAACGGAGACGAGUCGCCGCGCCUGCCGAUGCCCGCCUUCCCGCCGCCCCGCCUCUCCCAGCAGCCGGAGCAGUUCCGGCUGGACGCACUGCAGCCGCCGGUUCGCCAGAAGCGGCGCAAGAACUACGAGCACAUCGAGCUGCGGCGACCGCCCGUCGACUCCGCCAAGCUGGAGGAACUCAAUCAGGCGGCGGCGGCGGCGGAGCGCGAGGAGUCCCUGCUGAUCUCCGCGAAGAAUGCCGAGGCGGAGGCCAAGGCACCGAAGCCGGAGCGCAGCGACUCCUGGGAGUUCUACGGCGAGGAUGACGACGAGAGCGAGGACGAGGAGGAACAGGAGGGCAGCUCCUCGCCCGAACCGGUGUACGCCAACCAGGAGGCCACCUACGGCAAGCUCUUUGAGAUGGCCACCGCCGGGAGCAGUCGCAGCAAUGUCCUCACCCCCAACCAAGUGGCCGAGCAGCUGGCAUGCAUCGCCGAGGACGCGGAACUGGACGGCGGCGAGGGAGCCGUGGGCGGAGUGCCACUCCCACUGGCUCAGUCGUUGAUUGAGGAGUUCGAUCCGCUGAGCAGCAAGUGCUCCACGCUGGCCAGGUCGAACAAGAGCAACGAGCUACUGCUGCUGGAGCACCUGCUCGAGGAGGACACCUACGGCACGGUGAAGGCGGAGCAGGACGACGUCAGCAUGUGCACCUCCGAGGAGGAGCCCUCAACCUCCGCUGGACUGGCCGGUGGAUCUACUUCCACUGCCACUUCCACUCCCACGAAGCCCCAGCAGCCGCAGAUAGUGCACCAGAAUGCCCAGCUGCUCAGCGACAGCAUGGAGAACAUGCUGGACUCGCACCCGAACCAGGACAGGAUCAGGGACGAGGAGGAGCGGGUCAAGCCCUAUCUCAGUCGCAUGCCGGAAACGGCGAACAAAGUUAACAGUGGUUCCGUGGACUUGGCCAGUGCCUCCAGGAACCGCACCAAUUGGUUCGUGGCGGAGAAACCCGAUGCCUCGGGAGCAGCGAGUUCCAGUGGAAAGUCCACCACUCCCAUCGAGGGCGACAGCCCGCCCACUUAUCUGGAGGCCAUCGGGGGCGGCAAGGAUGCCACGUCGAGCGGCCAGGAGAAUCGCUCGACCAUCGGCUCGCGCUUCCGGCAGACGAUCAACGCGUUCUCCAACGUGAAGCUGCGCAUGGAUGCGAUGAAGCGGAAGGCCAGCUUCCGGGCGGCCAACCAGCGGCAGUCGGACGUCAAGGUGGCCCUGCAGAUGGUGCCCCGACCCAGUUUGUCGCCCCUGCUGGUGCGCUACGAGGGUCCGCUGGUGCGGUUCCCCUCGGGCGUCGUCGAGGACAUUCUCAAGGAGAUGCAGAACCGGAAGGCCAUACUCAGGGAGCGCCAGUUCCAGACGUUCCUCGACCAGGAGAUGAAGACCCCGCGCGAGAUGAUCCCGCUCGACACGAUCACCACGCUGCAGUGCGUGAGCAACAGCCGCGUCACGGACACGGCCACCCACUUCUACUGCUUCGAGAUCACCACCUCGCAGCCGAAGAACGGCGCCGGAGCCGGGGACACCAUGUCCUCCAACCCCAACCUCCUGAUGACCAGCAGCUCGUCGGGCAACGUCAAGCAGCAGCGCGUCUCGCAUCUCUACGGCGUCGGCAAGGAGUCAGAGCGGGGAGUCUGGAUGCAGAAGAUCCUCGAGAGCCUCACCAACAGCCUGCCGGUGAAGUAUACCUGCCACUACUACCGCGCUGGCUGGUGUUACCUCAAAAACUCCAUCACCUCGGAGUGGAGUGGCACGUGGCUGGUGCUCCGCAAGAACCAGCGACGCCUGAUCUUCGUCAGCGAGGCCAACGGCAAUGUGGAGAAGAUGGACCUGCGCAAAGCCCGCUGCAUUGUGCUCAAGGAGAGCGACGAGUCCAUCGACAAUCUGCAUGUGGAGAGCGGCCCCAUGCUGAUGAUCGACUGUCCGCCGUACGCGGUCUACAUGAUCAUGAGCUCGGCCCGCGAGACGAAGAUCUGGCGGCACAUCAUCCGCGAGGUGGCCCACAACAAUGGCUUCUCGCUGGGCGACCAGCAGCUGACGCGCUACGAUGUGCCCGUAAUUGUGGACAAGUGCAUCAACUUUGUGUACAUCCACGGCUCCAUGUCGGAGGGCAUAUACCGCAAGUCCGGCUCGGAGAACUCCAUGCACAAGCUGAUGAGCGCCUUCCGGGCGGACGCCUUCAAUGUGGAGAUCACGCGCAACGAGUACAACGAGCACGACGUGGCCAAUGUGCUGAAGCGCUUCAUGCGCGACCUGCCCGAGCGAUUGCUCGGCAAGCUCACCGACAGCUUUGUCUUCGUCACCGAACUGGCGGUGGCCACCGAGAAGAUCCCCAUCUACCGCGAGCUCCUCGCCCGCCUGUCGGCCAUUGAGCGCGAAACGCUGCGCCGGAUUGUCGGCCAUCUCGUGUUCAUCAGCUCGCAGCAGGCCAAGAACAAGAUGAGCGUCCAGAACCUGACCAUGAUCUGGGGGCCCACGCUGCUGGCCAAGAAGAGCGACGAGCUGAUCUACUCGCAAAAGGAGGCGGAUGUUCUAAGCGAUCUGAUAGUGCUCUACAAGAACCUGUUUCCCUGCAGUGCUGACGAAAUAAAACGAGAGCAGGCCAUGCUGGCAUGUCUGCAGAAGUAUUACGCGGCCGCCGAAACGCUCAAAGAUGCAGUGAAGCAGUCCGGAGACAUCAAGAUCUGGAUCAGCCUUAAUCCAAAUCCAGACAACAAAACAGAGGAAAAGACGCAAGUGAACGCCACCAUUUCGCCGACGAAGACCGCGUACGAGCUGUGCCGCGAGUACUCCGCCAAGAUGCAGCUGCCCACCCACCAGCUGACCCUCUACGAGGUGAUCCUGAACGACAGCUUGGAGCGUCCGCUGCACCACGACACCAGGGUGUUCGAUGUGAUCCUCAACUGGUCCUAUUGGCCGGAGGAGGAUCGCAAGCACAACUAUUUGGUGGUGCGUCCGGUCGAGAUGCUGCGCGAGAUCCAGCGGGCGGUGAAGAAUCUGGCCACCGUAACGCCCGGCAAGGAGCUCCGUUUCGCCGACUCGCGCACCAAGACCUUCAAAACGCUGCAGUGCGAGCUGCGGGACGGCAAGAUUGUGGUGUCCAAGAAGGACAAGAACGACAAGACGACCAUCGUGCGCGAGAUCUUCCUGCAGAGCAGCACGGCGUAUUUGGGCUGCGAGCGCAAGCGGGACUUUCCUUGGAGCUGGGCCAUCACCUUCGUGGAGCGGACGCAGGCGCAGAUCAUGAGAUCGCGCGACGCCCCCUUUAUUGGCCACGUGCUGGCUGGCAGCGAGUGGAUGGACCGAACCAUUUGGUAUUCGAGCAUCUGGUACUGCCUGUACAAAGACAACAUCCUGCCGCCAGCGGAGAUCAUCAUUAAGUAGAAGUGGGAGUGGAUGGGCCCUCUCCCAGCUGCCAAUCAUAGUUUUUACGCCUUCUGCAUUUUUCUGUGGGUCUCGUGUAGAUAUUUUGAAUUUAUUCGCAGCAACUAGUGACUAUAUACACUUAGCAAUAUUUUUACGAAACAUUUCGAGGGUUAUCCAUUAUUUCGAAUAGAGCAUACGAAGCGUAUAUAUAGUGCGAGUAUAUAUUUUUUACACAUUCUCUGUAAAUAUUCAUGUUCACUCAAAAACCAAAAUGUACACUAGUGUAAGGAAAUGUAAUUGUAUAAUUAGGAAUAUGCCAUUUGUCUUCAACAUAGUUUGCUUCCUUAUACGUUUAAUCGUGGGGAACUAACUAUUAGAUAGAACACGGCCACGCAGAGCAUCAAAUUGUAGCUUAGUUCACGAUUUCGUAAUAUAUUUAUGCCAUUUUUUAAAUGGAGCAUACAUUUAUAUCCCUCUUGAUUGUAAAUGUUAACAAACCAUUUAACUAAUUAAACAGAGAGUUUAAUAAUAAUAAAUCAAAUUUUUUUUAAA